AUGUCCUUGCCGAAUCAGUCGCCAUCGGAAUUACAAACUCCAGAAAUUCGCAUUCAAAGUGCUUCCCCUGACCAAGAAACUGACGAAAGGGAGAGAUCAAGCGGCAAACGCUCCAAAUCUCCUUCAAAACUUGCACCAACACGUCAAACAAGGUCGCAAUCCUCAGGUCAUAAAGACAAGAAGAAGGCAUCUUCUUCCAAAUCAGAUUCUCACUCUUCUGAAAAAAGCAAAAUGGGCGGAAGCUCAAAACAUAGCUCCCACAGCUCCCACAGCUCCCACAGCUCCCAUAAAGGCAGCUCAUCUUCACAUUCCUCAAAAAAGUCAAAGUCAAGUUCGGUCGAUGAUGUCGAUUGGUCAGACAUCACAGAUCCUGAAGAGAGACGUAGAAUCCAGAAUCGUAUUGCUCAACGCAAGUUCAGAGAAAAGGCUCGAGAAAACAAGGAGAGAGCCGAGAGAGAUUCUCGAAACCAGGAGUAUGCUGGCAACAGCUACCGCAUUCCCUCUGCAAACGACUUCAACUCCUAUUCAGACCCUUCAGGGCUUCCUUGGGGCAGCAUGAACAUCGGCCACUUUGUUGGCCGUAGUCAGGAGGCCGAGAGUCGACACAGCAGCAGUAGAAGGGGAACACACAGCGCAGACGAUAGCUUUGCUACAGCAACAUACAGUGCUUCACCCUCAUACGGCGCGCAAUGGGCACAAGCAAGUUAUGGUGAAAGCAGUGGAGCAGACGAGAUGUAUUACGAUGAUUCUUAUCUAUACGACCCAAAUGCUGGUCAAUGA